GUCCAGUUCCAAAUCAAUCAGUCAUUAUAAUUCUCGUCUCGUCGUAUACUCGCAGGCUUCAACUAAAAUAAUAAGGGGAGCCGAAAGUUUUUGGACCCAAAAUGCUGCGGUUGUCAGUGAUGGCAGUGGCAGUUGGGGCAAUGUGUGCCAUCCUGCUCAGUCAGACAGUGGAGACGUGUAAUGAAGCGGUCUGUGCCAGCGUCGUCAGCAAGUGUAUGAUAACUCAGUCUUGCAAGUGUGACCUCAAAAACUGUUCCUGUUGCAAGGAAUGUUCAAACUGUCUCAGUUACCUCUACACUGAAUGCUGUUCUUGUGUCGAUAUGUGUCCAAAGCCGAACUACUCGUCGCUCCGUCUUAGCACAGCCAGUCAGGUGGCUGAUCUUCCUGAAGCCAUUCCCAACUUGUUCCAAGUGCUGACGGCCGAGAGAGACCCUGAUGAGCGAUGGCUCACCUUUACCUUCCCUGUGGACUUUGACAUCUCCAUGUUCAAGCCCCAACUCGAGAAGGAGUACAAGUACAGAACCCAGAGUGUGGAGCAGGAGGUAGCUCCUAUCAAGGACGUGUUGACACUCAACUGCUCCGUGGCGUACCUGUCUCAGUGUAUGAGCCUUAACAAGUGCCACGUGUCGUGUCAGUCAAUGGGAGCCGCCAGUUUCCGGUGGUUCCACGACGGAUGUUGUGAAUGUGUCGGGGAUCGCUGCAUCAAGUACGGCAUCAAUGAGAGCAGGUGUGCGAGGUGUCCUCAAACAAAAGUGUUGCCUGAAGAAGAGGCAGACUAUGGUGAAGAUGAUGAAGGUUUUCAAGCGUAAUCAACCCGAGGAUUCUCUGACCGAGUGCCUUAGUAAGAUAGUUGUUAUGUGCCAUGUCUAUAAUAUAUAUCAAAGCGCUUAAUACUACUAACUCCAGAUCUGUUAAACUAUUUUACUAGUGUUUGCCAUAGCAUUAUCAAAUAUAUUAGGUCUGUUUCUUGCCAUAAGGAAAAUUAAUUGAUUACAUAGUAGUUUCUAUUUUUAGAUUAAACAAGUCUUCCGUCCAAAUGACUUAAGAAGAGAGUUAUAAAUUCCUUAAUAGGCGACAAAACCACGUUAUAAAAUCUUGAUUAGUUUCAUGAAUAUUGUACAAAUAUGUAAAGAAACUUAUGACAUCACAUUUUACAAAACAAAGACUGAAUAGAUAAUCUUUUUUAACAGACAUGACCUUGUAAAUGGUAUUUUUAUUAGGAAUUUUAUUUUUUAUUUAUAGAUUUUUUUAUAGUUGUUUAUAGGCUACUAAUAUUGUAUAGAAUGUAGUUAUAUAUCACUUUAUCGGUAAAUACUAUAAAUAUUAGUCCUGAGCAGUUUAGAACAUGUUAACAUGCGAUGAAAAUGUAAAUGAAUUCAUACUCUGAACCCCUACCAAAGGUGUGUAAUCUCUAAAAUUGCUACAAACCUGUCUUGAACCUUAAAGUUAGCUUUAAACUAGCCUACAUUGUUUCCUCCAGUUUGUAUAAAAAACAGAUUGAUUUUCUGUGGAAUUACAAUUUCAGCCUUGCCAUGCUAACUAAAAUCGUAAGUUAUGAAUUCAUGACAUUUUAUAUUAAGUUAAUUUUAUGCUUUAUUCUUAGCCUACACUUAUAUUUAUAUCCUAAUUGGGAACAAAUAUUUAGGGAUAGGCCUAGAUAGUAAUAAGGGCACCAUUUAUUUUUGAGAAUAAGUAUAUGUCAAGGUACUCACCUUAUCCAGUUUAGUUUAAUUUUAAUUACCUGGUAGGCCUAUACUUUACUCCUUGUUUGUACAUUUAUUCUAUUUUACCUUUUUUAUUUAGAUUUUAAAAUAUUUCUUUAAUUGUCUUUUUAUUUUGUAAUUUUAAAAAGUUUUAAAGUUUUUAUUUGACUACUUAACUGUCAAAGCUUAGUCUGGUUUGUCUUGGAUGCCAACUGGCAACUUUGGAAUGUUUAUGGAAUGUGCUUUAUUUAUUGCUUGCUAAUAAUAUUAGCAUAAGAUAAUUUGUUUGUGGUUACAUGAGAUAGUAGUCUACCUCACACCAAAGCUUUAUCUUUCUUGAAAUAGUGUCAUGUUAAUUAAUGAAACAAUAGACUUGGUUCCAUUACUUGGCCAAUGGAUGAUUGGACUACCAUGCGUUUCAACAAUGCAAAAUUCCAUUUAUUGUAAAAUUCAGUUAAGUGUCUUCUCUUAACGCAGAGAUUUUAUUUUGUUCCAUUUAUUGUAAAAUACAGUUAACACGUUCGCUGCUACGGACGUUCCGGAACGUCAGCCGUGCCACGGCGCCAGGAGCUAGGAACGUUCCGGAACGUCACCGUUCAUUGUUGUUUAACGUUUCCAUGGAUCAGCCAGCUCGUCACGAGCGUCCUAUAUUUCUUUACAGCUCGUGGGGACAUAUUUUUCUGACAAUAAAAAAUAUUGUUUCCCAAAAUCACCACCAGGGUCAAUAGAACAGGGCUUUGUCCCACCUCUUUCCUGCUAGAUAGCGACACUACUUUACCGACUGCAACCUGGGUAGUGCUGCUAUCUAUCAGAAUCACUUAGUACUAUAUCCAAAGCCAGUUUUAUUGCAGAACAUUGCCAUCCAGUAUAACUACUGUUGUUUUUACUGUAAUUCAGUGCAUCGGCGGCAAAGUUACGCAGCGGCGAGCGUUAGUUCAGCUCCUGGCGCCGUCCCGGCAUCUAGCAGUCAGCAGCGAACGUGUUAAGUGUCUUUUAAAGCAGAGAGAUUUUUAGCUUAAGUGUGGUUUAGUUUCCCACAUACUUUUAUGCUAACAAAGGCUAGGCCUACUUAUUUUAUGCAAUAACAAAUUAAAUUUUGCAUUUAUUUUUGUGAUAUAAAUUGUAUUAAAUUUAUAAAUAAAUUAUACUCUUAUUGUA